UCUUCAUGCCGACACAGGACACAGGGGACUGGUCAACCUCAGAAUCAGAUUCACAAGCCUCCAACAUCCCCAUCCACAUCCAACUUCGACGCCUCACAGCAACUGACCGCCCUCCACCGACGCAGGUCUGAACUCUCGAGAGCUAAAUAAAUCAACGAGGAAGUCGCAGUCUCCUACAUCGCAAUAUCUGUCCACCUGCGCCAGCGAUUUUCUACUGACAGAGGCCCAUAACUGCGCACCGAACAGCCCUAUCGCAACCCGGUGCUACCCCCAACAGCAACCCACCGCUGGACCUCUUGUUAUCCCGCGACCAUGACGGCCGAUGCUCCUGGGACUUUGAGUACCCCCGGCGGCAUCUCUGACCCCGGGCUGAUCAAACUUGUCAACAAGCUUCAGGAUGUCUUCACGACUGUCGGCGUCAACAACCCGAUCGAUCUUCCCCAAAUAGUUGUGGUCGGUAGCCAGUCAAGCGGGAAGAGUUCAGUAUUAGAAAACAUUGUCGGCCGCGACUUUCUACCUCGUGGCUCCGGCAUCGUCACUCGCCGCCCCCUUGUGCUCCAACUUAUCAACAGGCCUGCACAGGCGAACGGCGUCGACUCGGAGAUUACCAACACCACCGAUAAGGCGGCAAAUACGGAAGAGUGGGGCGAAUUCCUACAUAUCCCGGGCCAAAAGUUCUACGACUUCAACAAGAUUCGUGAUGAGAUUAACAGAGAAACCGAGGCCAAGGUUGGUCGGAAUGCGGGCAUCUCUCCUGCCCCGAUCAACCUCCGUAUCUUCUCCCCCAACGUCCUCAAUCUCACUUUGGUCGACUUGCCCGGCCUGACACGAGUGCCCGUUGGUGACCAGCCACGCGACAUUGAGAGGCAGAUCCGGGACAUGAUCCUCAAGUACAUUCAGAAAUCCAAUGCCAUUAUCCUGGCCGUGACGGCUGCCAAUAUUGAUCUGGCCAAUUCGGACGGGCUGAAGUUGGCUAGGGAGGUAGACCCCGAAGGUCAGCGGACAAUUGGUGUGCUCACCAAGGUCGAUCUGAUGGAUGAGGGCACCGACGUUGUCGAUAUUCUGGCUGGGCGCAUUAUCCCGUUGCGACUAGGCUACGUCCCGGUCGUGAACCGUGGGCAAAGAGAUAUCGACAACAAGAAGCCCAUCACUGCGGCCCUCGAGGCCGAGAAGAAUUUCUUUGAGAACCACAAGGCGUACCGGAACAAGAGCUCGUACUGCGGCACACCGUACUUGGCACGCAAGCUGAACCUGAUUCUCAUGAUGCACAUAAAGCAGACUUUGCCGGACAUUAAGGCCCGCAUUUCCAGCUCGCUACAGAAGUACACGCAGGAACUCGAGUCUUUGGGGCCAUCGAUGCUUGGCAAUAGCGCCAAUAUUGUUUUGAAUAUUAUCACCGAGUUCACCAACGAAUGGCGCACCGUCUUGGAUGGCAACAACACGGAGCUCUCCAGCACGGAGCUGUCAGGAGGCGCCAGAAUCAGCUUUGUCUUCCACGAGCUGUACUCGAAUGGGGUCAAGGCCGUAGAUCCCUUCGACCAGGUCAAAGACGUCGAUAUCCGCACCAUCCUGUACAAUUCGUCCGGUUCCUCACCGGCUCUCUUUGUGGGCACGACGGCAUUUGAGCUGAUUGUCAAGCAGCAAAUUAAGCGGCUGGAGGAGCCGAGUUUGAAGUGCGCGUCGUUGGUUUAUGACGAGCUCGUGCGCAUCUUAACCCAGCUCCUCAGCAAGCAGCUGUACCGGCGCUACCCGCAGCUGAAGGAGAAAAUACACGCUGUGGUCAUUGCCUUUUUCAAGAAGGCCAUGGAGCCGACUACCAAGCUGGUUCGGGAUCUUGUAGCUAUGGAGUCUUGCUAUAUCAACACUGGGCAUCCUGAUUUCUUGAACGGCCACAGGGCUAUGGCGAUUGUCAACGAGAGGCAUAACGCCGCGCGGCCAGUCCAGGUCGACCCAAAGACCGGCAAGCCCCUGAGCACAACGCCGGCGAGAGCAGCCAGUCCGACGCUGGGGGGCUCGGACGGCGACUCCUCAAACACGGGCUUCUUUGGUAGCUUCUUUGCCGCCAAGAACAAGAAGAAGGCGGCAGCCAUGGAGCCACCACCGCCGACCCUCAAGGCCUCCGGCACACUGUCGGAGCGCGAGGGGAUUGAGGUCGAGGUGAUCAAACUCCUCAUCCAGUCUUACUUCAACAUUGUCAAGCGAACCAUGAUCGAUAUGGUUCCCAAAGCUAUCAUGUUGAAUCUUGUCAGCUUUACAAAGGAUGAGAUGCAGAAGGAGCUGCUGGAGAACAUGUACCGCCAGAGCGAGCUCGACGACCUGCUGAAGGAGAGCGACUAUACGAUCCGGCGGAGGAAGGAGUGCCAGCAGAUGGUCGAGUCGCUGUCGCGCGCCAGCGAGAUUGUCAGCCAAGUGCAGUGAGAGUUUGGUGUCUUGAAGGUAGAUAUAUUUUUGGGUGGUGGAGUUGGAAGUGUUGUAUGCCUACCAGCCGUACGGAUCAUUCAAUGAGAUUCCCCCAGAUAGCAGAACGAUAAUUCUCAAGAAUCCAUUAUAUCCAAUAGUUAACAUGCCUGGCAGUGCUAGUU